GGAGAGCUCCGUGCCCUGAGGGCUCCUGGUGCUGCCGGUCCCGCCGAGCGCCCGACCCCAGCCUUGACCGGCCCCAACCCCGGCCCCGGUCCCAUGCAGUGCUGGGGAUGGACCCCGCAGGCCUCACCCUGAAGCUGCUGCUGGUCGGAGACAGCGCCGUGGGCAAGUCCAGCCUCCUGCGGAGAUUCACGGACGGCGCGUUUGAGCCGAACCUGAAACCCACCAUCGAUGUUGAUUUUAGAGUGAAGAAAAUGGUGGUGGACGGCCACGCAGUGCAGCUUGCCAUAUGGGACACGGCAGGACAGGAGCGCUUUAGAACACUGACUCCCAGUUAUUACCGAGGAGCUCAAGGGGUUGUUUUAGUGUACGAUGUUACAAGAAAAGACACUUUCACAGGACUAGAAGGCUGGCUGAAGGAGCUGGAAAUAUAUACCUCCAAAAGCAACACUGUGAAGAUGUUGGUUGGCAAUAAAACUGAUAAGCCUGAUCGUGAGGUAGAGAGAAAAGAAGGACUCCAGUUCGCAAGGAAACGCUCCUUGCUUUUUAUAGAGACCAGUGCCAAGACACAGGAUGGAGUGCAACAUGCCUUUGAGGAAUUAGUCAUAAAGAUCCUGCAGACACCAAGUCUUUGGGAUAAAAGCACAGAGAAGCGAGGAGUCCGGCUGGAAUCUUCAGCACAGCAGCGUAAAAGUUUAUGUGGUUCAUACUGUCCACUUACUUAAAUCUCCAGGUGGCUGUUCUGCCUGAAUGCAGGGGACCUAAAAAAACCCAAAAAAACAGGGGGGAGGGGGUUUGGAUUCCAAGCAGUACUCUGUUUUUAAUUAUUAUAACCUAAGGUGCACCUUGUAUGUAACGUGCCUUGCUUCUCUUAAUGCACUAUUAGGCUGGGUUUGAUCAUAAAACAAACAUACAGCUUUAUUUGCUGCUAGUCAUCCAAAAUAUUUUAAGAUGUUAAAGAUAGCAACCUCGCUUUAAAUAAAUUCUGACCCUUAGUUUUCUUUAAAUUAAA